AUGAGUGUUGAUAACUUCGACUUGUCCGACCUUGACGGGGUAGGACCAGUAACCAAAAAGAGACUAGAGGACGCAGGGGUUCACAACCUGAUGGAUAUAGUCGUCAGAGGACCAGUAGAGCUUGAGGAGAUCUCAAACAUGACCACGGAGACAUGCGGCAAGAUAGUCGCCCUGGCAAGAAGGCAUCUUGUAGAUACCGGCGCAAUCACAAAGGACUUUGCGUCCGCGUCUGAGAUCUACAAAAAGCGGCAGUCCAUCGGACGAAUAACCACCGGAACCGAUUCCCUUGACAGCCUUCUUUUGGGCGGCAUAGAGACCCAGGCAAUAACCGAGGUGUACGGCGAGUUUGGCUGUGGAAAGACACAGUUCUGUCACGCCCUCUGCGUAACGGUCCAGAAAUCCUUGGAAGAGGGAGGACUGGCAGGAGGCGUGCUGUACAUCGAUACCGAAGGCACGUUCCGUCCCGAGAGGAUCAUAGAGAUCGCAAAGGUGCACAACAUGGAUCCCUCCAAGGCCCUGGACAACAUAAUUGUUGCACGGGCAUACAACAGCGCGCACCAGGUCCUCAUACUGGAAGAGGCAGGCAAGAUAAUCCGAGAAGAGAACAUCAAGCUGAUCGUGUCUGAUUCCACAACCGGACUGUUCAGAGCAGAGUAUCUGGGGCGUGGAACACUGGCAAACAGGCAGCAGAAGCUUGGAAGGUACAUACGACUGCUGGCAAGGAUUGCAGAGAUGUACAACUGUGCCGUUGUGGCAACAAAUCAGGUCUCGACCAGUCCAGACACGUUCUUUGGGGAUCCCACAAAGCCCGUAGGUGGCAACAUCGUGGGGCACGCAAGCACGUACAGGAUCUACUUUAGAAAAGGCGGAAAGAACAAGCGAGUUGCCAAGAUUAUUGACAGCCCGCACCACCCAGCAUCUGAAGAGGUCUUUGAGCUUGGCGCGAAAGGCGUGCAAGACACAGAGGAUCACCUGAAGAAACUCGAGAAGGAAGCCAUCAAAGCAGAGGAGACUGCCAAAAAGGCACCCAAGGGUGCAAAAUCAAAUGACGCACCCGACGACAUUCCAGACACGGACGACCUCGAGUAGAUGCCGAUCAUAACCACCCAUGGGACACUUGUCCCAUUUUUUUUUCAAAG